UACAAUCGUCAAAUUCCUCGAAUGCCCUACAAAGUCCUCGAUGCUCCGGAGUUACAGGAUGACUUCUACCUUAACCUGGUCGACUGGUCUUCACAGAACAUCCUCGCAGUCGGUUUGGGAACCUGUGUCUAUCUUUGGAACGCCUACACCAGCCUGGUCACCCGUCUGUGUGAUUUCGCCGAUGAGGCAGAUGCCAUCUCCUCUGUUGCCUGGACAAAGAAGGUUUAUUUUUUUUCCCAGUCUUCUUUUCUUCUUCUACCCUCUCACCGAAGGUCACCCAAAACUUUCUUUUGGCGGAGGGGGGGGUGGGUUAGUGACCGUAUUUACUGUAAUUACGAGAUCAGAACCUCGAAAUCUGUCUUCGAGUAG